AUGAUGAAAAAGCCCCCGAAGGAUCCUCUAGUUGUCGUCCUUGGUGCGACUGGCACAGGAAAAUCUCAGCUUGCAGUUGACUUAGCCAAGCGCUUCGACGGCGAGAUAAUCAACGGCGAUGCAAUGCAAAUGUACGAUGGUCUCCCAAUCAUAACGAAUAAGAUGACUCUUGAGGAGCAACAGGGUAUCCCGCACCACCUACUCGGUUUCGUUGCGCUCGACGAGGAGCCGUGGCGUGUGGGCUUGUUUAAGCAGAAAGCGGGACAAAUUAUUCGAGAAAUUCGUUCCAGAGGACGACUACCAAUACUAGUUGGUGGGACACAUUACUAUACGCAGUCAUUGCUCUUCAAUGAGACAUUGGUGCAUACAACCCCCUCAGAAGAGGAUCAGAGUAAUUAUGGUUACACGAACCAAGAAAUGGCUGAGAAAUAUCCUAUUCUCGCUGCAUCGACCGAGGAUAUGCUUACGCGCCUACAAGAGGUGGACCCAGUUAUGGCAGAUAGGUGGCAUCCAAAAGACAGACGGAAGAUUCGUCGAUCUUUGGAGAUAUACCUUGUGACCGGCAAGAGAGCCUCCGAUAUAUACGCAGAACAGAUGGAAAUGAAACUUGCCAAGAAACAUUCGAGCCUUGACACAGGAUCCAUUGCCGCAUCUUUAAUAGAUGACAGAUCUGUGCUCUUAUUCUGGGUGUUCGCUGAGUCUGAAAUUUUGAAGAAGCGUCUCGAUGCCAGGAUUGACAAGAUGCUAGAUUCUGGCCUCCUUGAUGAGGUCAAGUCAAUGCAAAGCUUUCUGCAGAAGCAAACAUUAUCUGGUGUCGACGUUGACUGUACAAGAGGCAUCUGGGUCUCAAUCGGUUACAAGGAGUUCGAGCCGUAUCUCAAAAUUCUCGCCUCUGGAACCGCCUCGGCGAGCGAAGUACAAAAUUCAUACGAACUAUCAGUCGAGCAGACCAAGGCAGCUACACGUCAAUAUGCAAAACAGCAAGUUCGUUGGAUCCGUCUGAAACUGGUUCCGGCACUCACGGAAGUCGAUGCUCUGGAAAGACUAUACAUUGUUGAUGGCAGUGAUGUUUCCCAAUUUUCAGACACUGUCUCACAGCCUGCUAUCAGGAUUGCAGAAUCGUUUUUGAAUGGUACUGAGCGGGUAGCACCUCGUGAGGUGUGUGCUGCUGCUGCCCAAAUAUUGGAUCCAGACGAGUCAGUGGAGCCCAGAGACCUCAAUUUCCGCGAAGAAUGCGAGAUGUGCCACACAGUGGUUGUCACCGAUGCCCAAUGGCAGAUACACUUGAAGAGUCGCCGCCAUAGAGCACUUUUAAAGAGGAAACAAAAGAAUGAACGAAGCGGUAGGUUCCACCCUCCGCCAAGUGGCAGCAUUUCGGAAUUAGAUACUCCCUAA